AUGAAGGAUGUUGAAAUUUCGAGCAUGGGAGAGUCGGCGCUCACAAGUCAAUUAAAAGGAAAAAAACAUCAAACACUGACAUCCCAGGAAAGGUCAUCAGCAAGCGUUCCAGAUUUUUUGGGCGUUUCUUCUCAACGACCAGCAACUAAAAGUCAUGAUGCCAAAGUAGUUUCAAAAUCUGCUUCAUCUGAGAGCGGCAAACACAGUAAGCUCAACGCAACAAAGUCUAUUGCGAGUUCAUCUGGUUCAUCAGUGAUGGAAAAAAGUGUCACUCGUGAUUAGACAUUGAAGGCAGAAAUUUUGUGGGCAUUGAAAGCGAUAAUGUCUCAUUACUCCUAUAAAUCAUGCGAAGGUACGAGCAAAUUGUUUCAAGUGAUGUUUCCUGACAGUAGGAUUGUGAGUCAGUUUUCAUGUGGAGAAAAGAAAUGUGCAUACUUGAUCUGUUUUGGGCUCGCUCCACACUUCAAGCAACUUUUGAAGGAUGUUGUGAAAAAUGAAGAGGCUUAUGUACUAAUGUUUGAUGAGAGCCUUAAUAGCGUGUGCCAGUCAAAGCAAAUGGAUAUUGACAUUCAUUCAUGGAAUCAGGACAAACAGAAAGUUGAAAGUCGCUAUUAUACCUCAGUGUUUAUGGGUCAUGGCACAGCAGACGACAUGCUUUCUCAAUUUCGUUCAGGCAUAGAAGGAAUUCCUCUCAAAAAAGUUUAUCAGGUUGGAUGCUACUCUCGUUAUGUUUGGGUAAUUUAAAUAAACAUAACAAACGAAAGAUAAACACGGUCGUUUCUUCGCUGAUGACGUUACCUCAUAGGUUUCGUAAAUACAUGUAGUGUGGUGCAAACCGCCGUUACUUACGAAAAACAUGCAAAUGUUUUGUGUAAUGCCGUUAUUUAGUAUAAGAAUAUUGCCAUGAAAUCUUACAAUGUCUGUUAUUAUUUUGCCGUAGAAGGGCGAAAGAUGAUUAUUGAUUACUUAAUCUAGUUUGUUGCAUGUGAUAUAUUUUAUGUUCACAAUCUAGCCAUGUUCCCAAAAGAGAGAAAUUUUCAGUGGGAAUUCUAUUAAAUAGAAAUGAAACACCUUACUUGGUUUUCUGCCCUUUAAGGUUUAAAUAAUCAACACUCUUUCAUUGCAAAUCCUCACAAUUCCAAUGCAUCCAUGACUUGUUUAUUUCGUGUCUUGGUAAACUGUGACACAAAGUCUGGGGCAUAAUGCAAGUAAUGAUAAAGUAAUCUGUUACCUUUUCAAUAUUACAAGAAACGUUUUCUCUCAUACUAGGUGUCAAUGGAUGGACCCAACGUUAAUUGGAAAUUUUACAGUAUGCUGACUGAUGAGGUAAAAAAGGAGCAUAAUAGUCACAUGUUGAACAUUGGCAGCUGUGGUUUACACAUUCUUCACGGAGCAUUCAAGGAUGGCGCUGUGGCAUCAGGAUGGCAAUUAGACAGGUUGUUCUCUAACCUUGACUGGCUUUUUCAGGACAGUCCGGCAAGGAGAGACGACUACACCAAAGUAACAGGAAGCUCACUGUUUGCUUUGAAGUUCUGCAAACAUAGAUGGUUAGAGAAUGUUUUGGUUGCAGAACGUACACAGAGUAUGUGGGACAGUGUUGUCAAGUAUGUUCAGAGUGCAAUGGCAGGGAAAGUUCCACAGCCACAGAAUAAAUCCAGAAUAAAGAGUUUGUUGCAGAUCCCUUUAUGA